GCUGCUUCUCUCGGCCUCGCUGUUACCAUGGAGACCGUACAGCCAGGUAGCGUAGCGCAGGAAGGCGACCUCUUCCCCUCAUCGGAAAGUCCGGAGAUUUGUACAGCAAUCUAUACGUUAAUGUCUGUUUCGGAUUCUGAUAGACAUCUCAGUCCCCGACACAGUGGUUCGGGUGGGGCUCGGGACUCUGGGGGCAAGUCAGAUUAGGCCUCGGAGAGGUGGGGUGAGGCCCAGUCAUUAAGGGUCCCUAAACCCCACCCCCACCCCGCGAAGGGAACAGAGGCCGAAGCACAAGUUGUGACAGCAUCACGUUUUCAUUUGUCCUUACCUCGCCCUAUUUUAUUUGGGGUUAUUCUUCCGUCAGCCCUAGGAAGUAGACUAUGGCAAGGGUCAUUUUUCUCAUGGGGCAGACUGAGGAAGCAAGGUCGGGGUCAUAAAGUAAAUCUGUAGCCACACCUCCAGGCAGCUGGAACUGCACUUACCUAACUGCAAACUAAAACUUGCCGUGAUUUUGCUCCAAAGCUGUGUAUGGCUGUUAGAUCAAAACAUCCAUAAAUCAGGCCAACCAAAGGAAAUAGGACAGAGGACGCAUGCUCCACUGCUGAAUCAGGAAGCGAAAACAGACAACAAUCAAAACAAACAAUACCAAAUUUGAGAACUACAGUAUCUGAACCUUUGACCUGAGACAAAGUUCUGAAACAUCGUGAAGCAAACCAUUCUUGGAACACUGAAUCUGUGAUUUAGGGAAUUUAGCUCCCAGGUCAUAGCUUUAUGAGUAAAAUGGAAGAAGAUGGUUGAAUUCCACUGAAUACUGAGAGGAGGCUACAGAGCAUCUAACAGCAGGAAGAGCUGUUACCACUGUUGCCACUGGCCCUAGCCUCUGGGUUCACAGUCCAGCCAUUCUCUCUGCGGAGCUGACAUAAAGCGACCAACCAGCAAGAGAAGGAUUCCGAGAAUGGCAUGUCCAGAAUAAGACCCACAUAAAGAGAAAACAUGGAGUGGAGCCAGAGCCACAGCCAAUAUAUAACAUGAUGAGAGAUAAACCUUUGUGUGGUGAAGUCUGGAGCAGGAUUCUGAGGCUUUCUGUCCUCCAUGCCGCUCACCAGAAAAGGGACUGUGAACUGUGCUCUGGCACCAGGUGACAGGAAGAAUUUCUGGCCCAGCUGGGAGUGAGAAGAGGGAGUGAGUCUCCUGAGGCCCAUCCUCGAGUCCGCCAGGAUCACCCGAACAAUCCUCGAUGUGAAUCAAUCCCAUGAUGCAACAUGCCUCCCCAGCCCCCGCUCUGACGAUGAUGGCCACGCAGAAUGUCCCUCCCCCACCCUACCAGGACAGCCCGCAGAUGACAGCAACUGCUCAGGCACCCUCUAAGACCCAGGCUGUCCACAUCUCUGCACCCUCAGCUGCUGCCAGCACGCCUGUGCCCAGUGCCCCCAUUGACCCCCAGGCCCAACUGGAGGCUGACAAGCGAGCUGUGUACAGGCACCCUCUUUUCCCGCUCCUGACGCUGCUGUUUGAGAAAUGUGAGCAGGCCACCCAGGGCUCUGAGUGCAUCACCUCCGCCAGCUUUGAUGUGGACAUCGAGAACUUUGUCCACCAGCAGGAGCAGGAGCACAAAGCCUUCUUCAGCGAUGACCCAGAACUGGACAAUCUGAUGGUGAAGGCAAUCCAGGUCCUGAGAAUUCACCUGCUGGAAUUGGAGAAAGUCAAUGAACUCUGCAAGGACUUUUGUAACCGCUACAUCACCUGCCUCAAAACCAAGAUGCACAGUGAUAACCUGCUCAGGAAUGACCUCGGGGGACCCUACUCCCCCAACCAGCCCUCCAUAAACCUUCACUCACAGGACCUCCUGCAGAAUUCCCCCAAUUCCAUGUCUGGAGUCUCCAAUAACCCCCAGGGGAUUGUGGUCCCAGCCUCAGCGCUCCAGCAGGGCAACAUCGCCAUGACAACCGUCAACUCCCAAGUGGUGUCAGGUGGAGCCUUAUACCAGCCGGUUACCAUGGUAACCUCCCAGGGUCAGGUGGUCACCCAAGCAAUCCCCCAGGGAGCCAUCCAGAUCCAGAACACACAGGUUAACCUUGACCUCACCUCCCUCCUGGACAAUGAGGAUAAGAAGUCCAAGAACAAACGAGGAGUCUUGCCCAAGCAUGCCACCAAUAUAAUGCGUUCUUGGCUCUUCCAACAUCUCAUGCACCCCUACCCCACGGAGGAUGAGAAGAGGCAGAUCGCAGCCCAGACAAACCUCACGCUCCUGCAAGUAAAUAACUGGUUCAUCAAUGCCCGGAGGCGCAUCCUGCAGCCCAUGCUUGAUGCCAGCAACCCAGACCCUGCCCCGAAAGCCAAGAAGAUCAAAUCGCAGCACCGGCCCACCCAAAGAUUCUGGCCCAACUCCAUUGCUGCAGGGGUGCUGCAGCAGCAGGGCGGUGCGCCAGGGACAAACCCCGAUGGUUCCAUUAACUUGGACAACCUGCAGUCCCUGUCCUCAGACAAUGCCACCAUGGCCAUGCAGCAGGCUAUGAUGGCUGCACACGAGGACUCAUUGGAUGGGACAGAAGAAGAGGAUGAGGAUGAGAUGGAAGAGGAGGAGGAAGAGGAGCUGGAGGAGGAGGCCGACGAGCUUCAGACGACAAAUGUCAGCGACCUGGGCUUGGAACACAGUGACUCCCUGGAGUAGUUGGCAGCCCAGCUGGCACUGGUCACCGAGCAGGAGAGGAGUGUCGUCAGGAGGGCUUCAGGGUGGGGGGGAGGGGGGCACGGGCAGGCAGCACCGAGGAAGUUGGGCCCUAGCUUCCCCAGAUCAGUAGCUUGAAGAAAUGCAGAGCAGAUGCCUGCUCCUUCCCAAACCACCAAGCUUCAAUGAGUACCCCAGCCCCACUUCCCUAGAACUGCAGAGGACUCCAUUUGCAGGGCCGGUCAAGCAGCCCAUACGGAAAGGCGGGAGUGAGAGCUGGACUCACCAAAUCCCUGAGGACAGAUGGCACCCAUGGCCCCCCCACUGAAGGACUUGAGUCGUUUACAAGCCCUGCACUGUGAGGCAGAUCGGUGCUGUUCAACAGAAUGAGCCUUGCCAGGGACACAGUUAGAAGGAAAGGGAGAGUCAAGGGCAUCUGGAUUCCACCCCCGGAAGGUUCUCAGCUCCUCUGAGAGACAUUCAAGGGCAGGAGGAGCCCAGACACAUCACCAGUGGCUAGCAGAGUGGGAGGCCCUGAGGUGUGCCGACCACAGCUCCCUGGGGCUCCCGCUCAUUCCUCCAAGGACCUGUCUCAGGCACGGGCAAUCACGGACUUGGGAGAGAGGGUAGGAGCAACCACAGCCACCUUCUCUCUCUCUCUCUCUCUCUCUCCCCAAAAUGGAUGGUCAGCUGGCAGGCUCAGAUCAUAGGGGGUUGAGCGGAAUCCCUUCCCCUGGGUUGGCUCCAGGACCCAAGGAGAUGGCACAACCUGAGCUAGGAGCCAUAUCAAGGUGACUCUGGGGACCACAGCCAUCCCCAGGUGGUCACAGAGCUCAGCUUCCAUAACAACAGGACAGUGGUGUCUUAUCCCAGGUGUUCCAGCCCUCAGCCCCCCCCGGCUGUUGCCCUGCUCCCAGGCUGGCCUCACCAGCCCCAUUCUCUCUUCUUCAUUCUUCAGAGAAGGCAGAAGGAACAUUGGAAAGAAGCAUCCAGUCCAAUGGGAAGCCAGGGGUUGGCGAAGGUGCUACAUCCCUCUUCCCAUCAAUAUCCAAAGUGUGGGCCAGGGCCCAGAGCCAGGCGGUGCCCCACCCCACACGUCUCGCUGAUCUAGCCACCACCACGACGCACGGCGCUGGAGGCACCGGGGCUCCCUCGAGGAGGAGGCUUUCUACCACCUGCCCUAACUCACACCCUCCCGCCCAACUUCCGGGCCCCCAUGAUUGGCACCCUUCCUCCCCUCCUGCUCCACCCCUUGGCUGUGAAUGAUGGGACUGGUCACACGUGUGUUUUCCAUUGGAUUUAAUUUAAUGGACUUGCAGUUUCAUUUGUAAAUUGUGCAUUGGCCAUCUCCUUCAGUGGCAGGAUGCGAGUGGCUACCUGGCUCCACUUGAGGGGACCCCUCAGGGCCCUCUGGGGCUUCCCCUCCCCCUCCUGGUUGGGGUGGAGCAAAAGGAUGGUCGCUUUCCUGAGGUCUCCCUGAGAUGAAUGUAUUUCUCCCCCAAAAGAGCUGAUAUUUAAUGUUUUAAUAGGGAUUUUUGAAAAACAAAUAACCUUAUUUAUAAUCUGGGUGAUCCAAUCAUUUUUUACUCCCUUUUGAUGCCAUAGGUAGAGGAAAGUCUAGCUUUUUUGGCGUGAGACUUUUGCAAUGUGCAGUGGGAUAAAAUACAUUUCCUUUUCUUCAUUUUUCUUGUUCUCUCUCUCUCUUAUUCUCUCUCUCUCUCUCUCUCUCUCUCUCUCUCUUUCUCUCUCUCUCUCUCUCUCUCUCACACGCACACCCUUUCACCUACCACUUUGGACAGCGACCUGCCCCGCACAGGCACACCCGCACACAUGUGCCCACACAUCCUCCUCCAGCCCCUCCACCUGCCUAAUGUUAUGCAACCUCCUUCUGAUGUAUCCACCAAACCAGUACUGAAUGUGGCCGAGAAGUUUUCAGUAAAUCUUAUUACCUACCAUAAUUCUGGUGCGCGGUUCUUUUUCUGUGGUUAGCGGUUACUGGGACCCCGGACCGGACAACAUUUGGAGCCUCAGCCUACCUCUUGUUGAACCGACUACCCAUGGAAGGGAACAAGGUAGAAGGCUCUCUGGGUGGCCUCAGUUUACCUUUCUGGGCCCGAAGACAGCCACAUUUGGCACACGCUGUCUACGCGUCUGGCUGAAAGACAAAGAGAUUAGGGAGAGACGGGAGGAAGCGCUGCGCUGCCCUCUCCUGGCAGUUCUCUCCCAUAGCAGUGGAGCGCUCAGACUGUGGUCUCUUCCACCACCCUCUACCUCCCCCCAAGGCCUCUGAUCUUCCCAGCUGCAUCGUAGGCUCUGAGGAUUUUCAUCCUCGAAGCUGGUGGCCCCAGUGCCCCUCCCCCAGCCCUCAUGCCCAUCCGGGUCCCAGGAAUCGGGAAGGAGAGGAAGUCUUGACAGCCGCAUUUAAUCCUAGAGCUGCGCCCAGAGGGGAGCCUGCCUUCUGAACCCCAGGGCUCCGCACUGUAUUCCCUGGGGCAAGUGGAAAUUUAGGGACAGCUUCGCCCCCUAAGCAAGCAAGCUUUCUUACUUUCAGUCCCAAGGUUUUCUUAUCUGGGCACUGCUGGUGAGAUCGAAGUCCAGGGCAUCGGUUUAGAAGCAGGAGUGAGGAGUUCCUUGCUCGCUCUCGCAAAGGCUGGGACACCCUCCCAGCCAGGCUGAAGGUGCGGAAGGGAGUGCUUACACAGGCAAAAUGGCUCUGCACCCACCGCAGCUCUGAGGACCGCUCCCUGGGUCACCUCUCGCACGGAGCCCAGGCCUCCAGUCAGACCUGGAGAGUCUGCAGAGACCCCGCCUCUAGGCAGUGAGAAAGUCUCAAGAUCUGCGAGAAGACGCCACUUAGAGCCUCACCUCCCAGAGCCAAGAAGCCAGCCCGCUUUCAAAGAAGUGGUUUCCAAGGAAGACAUUGUUAAAAGAUAUGCUAUCAAAUAAAAAAAACCCAAGGCCAGAUUAGUCUAGGAUGAACUGCAUAAUCUACUUUGCUGUUGGAGAUCGGUAAGGCACAUUACGAAUAAAGGCUCAGCAGAGUCCUGCGCGAAAGAAACCUGUUUAUCUUGCCCCCCAGAUUUAUUUCCCUUUUUUUGCCCCAGUAAUAUCUAUUCGAGUUAUACUCGGAUCGCCCGAAACACACUUUAGGGAACACUAUUCUAAGAAAUUACAGAGUAGUCUGUCCAGCCUCUCACGCCCCUUCCUAAGUAUUUCUAUCAAGUUCUGCCAGUUUUUCCACCAUGCCGCCAAUGAAAAGGGGGGUUCCUAAAUCAUUUGAGACAUGGCUGGGGGUGUUAUGAGGAGGCAGCAAAUUCUCUCUCCGUGUAUGACCCAAAUCCUAUCCAUCCCAGGGGCAAGAUGUGCCACAAUCCCUGUGGAAGGAAGGAAAAUGGGAAAAUGCAGGAUUGGACUGGCAUGCUGGCCCCUACACCAGCAGGGCAGCCCUUUUGGGUUGGAAGAUUCCUGCUCAGGGCAGCUGAUGGCCAGAGCUACACUGCCUUGACCAAGAGACCCCUCUGCUGCCUUGACCUGGGCCAGAUGAGGGCAUUGGCACUAUCACACCGCAGCCUGGCCAGACUCACUCAUUCAUCCGAUGUAUAUUACUGAGCCCCAACUCAAUCUCAGGCGGUUUCAGGUGUGGAGGGUACAGCUGUGAUCAGCAAAGUUCUUGCCUUCAGGGAGUUUCCAUUCUAGCAGAAACUUGAGACUGAAUAUGUGCUGCUAACGUCCCCUUAAUGGUGAAAAUAUGAGCUCAUCCCAGGACGGUGCCCUCAAAGGUUAACAUUCAGAACUGCAAACAAGACCGUCAGGUCAGACGUGGCCUUCCGGUCAAAUUCAGCUCCCAGACACGUUUUGUUUGGACCAUAUAUUGUUUCUAGGCACUUUUGUGCCAACGUUGAAAAGAUGGACAAUUGCAGCUCAGGACCUGUAUUCCUACAAGGCCACAACAGGGUGUAAUUGAACCAUCGCCUCCCCUUAUGAUAUGCUCUCCAGGUUAUCACAACACUGGCCAUGCACGUGGUCUCCCCAGCACUGGCACUAAGUGCUACUUGCCACUUAUCCAGCUGUCACUGUUUGGUUGGCUCACUGACUAGUUAUGCUUCCCCUACCCUGUCUUUUAAUUUUUUUUUCCUUUUUUUUGACUUUCCUUCAAUAUUUGAGUGCUUGCUUUUAAGAAGGGAACUAUUUCGAGGCACCCGGAAGUCUCAGUUGAUUAAGCAUCAGACCCUUGGUUUCCACUUAGGUCAUGAUCUCACAGUUCGUGGGAUCACAGUUGGUCGGCUCUGUGUGCUGAUGGAGCAGAGCCUGCUUGGGAUUCUGUCUCCCUCUCUCUGUCUCUUCUCUACUCUCUCUCU